CAAAUUUGCAAGGAGUCUGCAUUCUACAAAUAUGAAGGAAUAUAUACUUCUGCUUCUUGUGGCCUUAAGUUCUGCUAAGCCCUUCCAAAAGCCUUCAUACUUCACCUUUAAGAAUAUAAUGCUCAUGGAUAUGGAAGAUCUGGAUGAUGAUGAUGAUGAUGAUGAUGACAAUGAUGAUGUUGACGAUGAUGAUAAAGAUGACAAUUCCCUUUUUCCUACCAGAGCACCCUUGAUACCAGUUGACAUAUUUCCAGUCUGUCCCUUUGGGUGUCAAUGCUAUUUAAGAGUUGUCCACUGUUCUGAUUUAGGCUUGACUUCUGUACCAAGGAAUAUUCCAUUAGAUACUCGUAUGAUAGAUCUUCAAAACAACAAAAUAAAAGAGAUCAAGGAAAAUGAUUUUAAAGGACUUUCAUUCCUAUAUGCGCUUGCCUUGAACAACAACAAAAUAACAAAGAUCCAUCCUAAAGCAUUCCAAUCAACGAAGAAGCUGCGGCGUCUCUACUUGUCUCAUAAUCAUUUAACUCAGAUCCCAGAAAAUCUGCCAAGAAGUUUAGCUGAGAUAAGAAUUCAUGACAACAAAGUUAAAAAGAUUCAUAAAGACAUAUUUAAGGGAAUGAAGUCUUUACAUGUUUUAGAAAUGAGUGCAAAUCCUCUUGAUAAUGAUGGGAUAGAACCUGGAGCUUUUGAAGGUGUGACAAUCUAUCAUAUAAGGAUAGCAGAAGCAAAAUUAACAUCUAUACCAAAAGGGCUACCAUCCAGUCUACUGGAACUUCACCUAGAUGACAACAAAAUCUCUGCAAUUGAACUUGAAGAUUUCAUUCGAUAUAAAAAUAUUCAAAGGUUGGGGUUGGGAAACAACAGAAUCAAAGAUGUGGAAAAUGGAAGUUUUGCUAAUAUACCAAAUGUUAGAGAAAUCCAUCUAGAAAAGAACAAACUGAAAAAAGUACCUUCUGGUCUUCAAGAACUAAAAUAUCUACAGGUUGUCUUUCUUCACUCAAAUAGUAUUUCAAGUGUGGGAGUGAAUGAUUUUUGUCCAACAGAAGGAAGGCUGAAGAAAACAUUAUAUAAUGGCAUAAGCUUAUUCAAGAACCCUGUCAAAUACUGGGAUAUUCAACCAGCAACUUUUCGUUGUGUGCUAAAUAGAAACAGUGUGCAGAUUGCAAAUUAUGGGAAAUAAAAUAGUACAGGCAAAGUAUUAUUGAAAUACUAUUAUUAAAACCAACAUCACAAAACUUGAAACUGUAAAAACUGUAAAUUAUACUGCC